CCACAAAAUCUCAGAAAUAACUUUCGAAACAGAGACAAAAAGUUUCAAAUCGUUUUCUUGUGUGUUGGGUUUGUGUUUUGUACGAUCAAGUUGUUGUUACUUGUAAGACAUUCGAAAUCAAAGAUGCGGAUGAGCUGUAAUGGAUGCAGAGUUCUUCGAAAAGGGUGUAGUGAGGAUUGUAGUAUAAGACCGUGUUUGGCUUGGAUCAAAUCGCCUGAAGCGCAAGCUAAUGCAACUGUGUUUCUCGCCAAGUUUUAUGGCCGUGCUGGACUCAUGAACCUCAUUAACGCCGGUCCCAAUCACCUUCGUCCUGGGAUUUUCCGAUCGUUGUUGCACGAAGCUUGUGGGAGGAUUGUGAAUCCGAUCUAUGGUUCGGUGGGUUUGUUGUGGUCGGGGAAUUGGCAGCUUUGUCAAGACGCCGUUGAGGCUGUGAUGAAAGGAGAACCGAUCAAAGAGAUCGCCACAGACGCUGCGACGAUCGGCCAAGGUCCGCCGCUUAAGAUCUACGAUAUCCGACAUAUCUCCAAGGAUGAUAACUCCGCCGCCGCCGCUGCGGCUACUGGCUCAACCGAUUUGAAACGGCCGAAAACUCGCCGGGCUAAGCGGGUAUCCACCGUCGAGAAACAGGCGGAAUCGGAGGGAAAGUCCGGCGAAGCUAGUCACGAGUCGUCUUUGAGUCAUCAGUCUGAAAUAGUGGCUGCUCAUGAAGGAGAGAGCAAGGAAUCGGAGAGCAAUGUCUCGGAGGUUUUGGCAUUCUCGCCACCGACUGUGCAGGGCUCCGGCGAGAUAAAGCUUGACCUAACUUUAGGGCUCGAGCCGGUGUCACGUGCGUAUCAUGUGGUACCUGUUAAGAAGAGAAGGAUCGGCGUAUUUGGCACGUGUCAGAAGGAGAGCACGUGUAAGACUGAGCUAAUGCUUUGAGCUCCGUUGUAGCUUGCCUCAGAAGUUUUGCCCCAAUCAGCUCUAUUCGGCUCGGCUAUGAUGAUCGUCAAGUCGAGCCGAUAACUUUUUAAAU